UCAACUACAGGGAAUGAACUACAAGAACAAGUCAAACUGGGACAAAUCGCCGGGGUCCGGCAACACUGAUGACUCCCAGGCUUCUCUGCUUCGGAUUCUGUUCCUGGACGUACAGAAUGUGCUAUGCCCCCGGUGCCGGACCAGAAGGAGGAAUGCUCGGUGCCAGAGAUCGUUUGAGGAGUGUGCGAACCAGUGCGCAACUGCGCACAGUGACAGGAACCAAGACCUAGACCAGAACCAGGACAGGGACAGGGACCUGGACUGGGAUGGGGAUGGAGAUGGGGAUGAUGAUGUGGACGAGGAUGUGGACGGGGACGGGGACGGUGACAACUCCACGUGUUGGGUUCAGUACUCAAGCCGAGACCGCCACCGCUCUAACCGGAGCCGCUCCCUUUCUGCCGAAUCCCCUCCGACAAGGCAAAGUGAGUCCUUCGGCUUGCGGUGGCUUCAUCCUCUGGAGCUGGCUCUGAACAUGACUGCCGGGCUGGCCCUGCUGUUCUUGCUAGGAUCAGAGAACUUAGAAACGCUGCUGCCCUUCUUUUUCCUCUUUGUCCUUUACGUGCUAUUCACUAUGCCCCUGGCAAUGGUACUAGGCUGUAAGAGGCCAUCUCAAAAGCAGACUUGGAAGCGGUAUUAAGGCAGUGCUCUGGGUCUAGUACGCUCUCAGCCCCAAACGCAGGGGAGCUCUCCUCGGAGUGCAGAUCAUAUCCUCGAAUAUCGAAGUCCAUACCUGGAAUACAGGGCCCUGACCAGAAUACAGACCCGAUCUCCUUAAUCUCUGCCCAAUCUCCAACAGGAAUCUUGGACUGGGAAGCAAACACGGGAGCCCAAAAUACAGCCCAAAUACAAAGGACCCCAGACCCAAACAGGACCCAGACCGGAAAACAUCUGAAAAAAGCAAUAA